AUGGCAUCGCCCAAGCACGAGUGGCAAAAUCCCUUGAAGUCCCAAGAAGCCCUGAGCCGUAUCUCCUCAACAAAAGCAAGGAAGGCAAGAUCGAGGGAGAGAGUGGCAGAGAGAAAGAGAGAGAGAGAGAGUCAACGUUGCUGCGCAGCUCUACCGCAGGUCAUGAUGUUGCAGACUUCCCUGCACAAGCCAUCCAUUAAGGACAAGGACCGGAUGACCAAGGCUCAGUUCAUCAGCAACAAUCGUGGCAUCGACGGCGGCAAAGACCUGCCACAGGAAUACUUGGAGGCGCUCUACGACAUCGUCCUGAAGAGCCCGUUCUCCCUGCAGGAGGAUGAGGAUGCCAGAGUUCGCGCCGAGUCUCAAGCUGCUCGCAGUGCUGCACAGAAGGGCGAGCUCUUCUUGAGAGAGGCCUGGAAGCUUGUAGCAAAAGCAGAAGAGACGAUGGCUUCGGAAGGCGAGGCGCGCGUCAGCUUGCGCGGGGCGGACGUCCGCCAGCUUGCGCGGACCCUCUUCGAGGCCACCUGCUGGCCAAUGCUCGCCUCGCUGUCUGUCGUUCUCGAGACGCAAGAGGAACCUGAAUGCAUUGAACUUUGCAUCACGGGCUUUCAGCAGUGCAUUCGCACAGCAGCACGCAUGCACAUGGAUGUGGAGCGAGAUGCCAUCGUCUCCUCGCUGGCCAAGUUCACCUACCUGACCACUCUUAAAGAGAUGAGGCAGAAGAACAUCGAAUGCAUCCGCGUGCUCAUGGCCAUCGGCAUCUCCGAGGGCAACAAUUUGGGGUCUUCGUGGCAGUACGUGCUCCACUGCAUCUCGCAGCUCGAGCGCCUGCAGCUGCUGAGAACCCGCGCCCUGCAGGACUUCCAGUUCUUCGCCAGCCGGGACAAAGGCGGUGCCGCCACCCCCGGUGACGGACGCAUCAACGGCACAGCCCGGCACCGUUCCUACGGCACAG